CCCUGCUUACGUCUUCGGUGAUGCGAGUCCGUGUCGUUGACGGGCCCCGUUCAAGACGAUCUAAAGUCACCGCUUUUCGACCUAGUGCAAUGUCACCCAUUCGCCCUCACCGCAAGACACGAACUGGUUGCAAAACAUGCAAGCAACGCAGAGUCAAGUGCGGUGAGGAGCUCCCCAAGUGCAAGAAUUGUAUAAGGAGAGGCAUAGAGUGUGUCUGGAUCAAUAUCCCACAAAAUGAUUCGGUGGUGCCAGGGACCUCUACCCCUGCUGCCUCGAGUUCACAUAAAAAUCCCCCUUCCACAAUAUCGAGGCGUACUGGCGCAAGUUCAUUCGACUUGCUGACUCUCGAACUAAUGCACCACUACGCGACCGUUACUUCGCACUCACUUUCUUCUGAUCCUGCCUCGUCGAGUUUAUGGCGAACCUUCAUUCCAAAAAUCGCGUUCGAUCCUAAAAAUCAAUGUCUUCUCUAUGCCAUUCUCGCGAUGUCGGCGCUUCAUGCCCACCAUGCGAAUCCCACGGCAGGUCAGUAUGCUGUAGCCGCAAGCACCUACCACUGGCAGGCCAAAACGGGGUUACGCAAGGCAGAAAUGGAUGGGAAGCUGGAUGGUGAUGCCGUCUUUAUCACCUUCUCUCUUGUCGGGCUCUAUGAGUUCGCUACCUCAUCCUGCUCGGACUCCAGCGAGUGGCAUACCACGGUUCGUUCUCUCCUCCCGAAAGUUACGAAAAACUGGGUAAAGCUCCAAGAUGGUGUUCUGCGUCCGAUGCUAGACACUAUGGCGCCAAUGAAUAUAUCUACACCUCUGAGAGAGCCGUUUCCAUCAUCUUUGUCGGCACUUCUGAGCACGACGCAUUCAUCGCCAGACGUUCAGGAGC